CGUCGGGGUCAUUUCAGUCCAGCCGACAGUCGCGUCGAGUCGGUCAAGUCCGAGUCAGGUCGCUGUUCGCACUUUGACAGAGAUAGAGAGAGGCACCAGCAUGGCGGGACGUCUUCUUCUCCGAACCUGUGCAGCAACUUUGCAGCUGAGGACGAGCAAUGUGGUGGCGAGACCGCUGCACCGUGCCAUGGGCACACUGAAAGGAAUCCCAACAGAUGACGAACAGGCCACUGGACUGGAGAGACGUGCCCUGCAGGCCUUCAAACAGGGAAAGGACCCAUACAGUAUCCUGGAGCCAAAAGGCUACGCUGGUACUAAGGAAGACCCUCAUAUUGUGCCGUGCAUUGGAACCAAGAGGCUUGUGGGCUGUCUGUGUGAGGAAGACAACACUGCUAUCGUGUGGUUCUGGCUUCACGAGGGAAACCCCCAGCGCUGUCCUUCCUGUGGUUCGCACUUUAAGCUGGUCCAUCACGACCUGCCCCACUGAUACCGAACCUCUGCACAAAGCAGACAUCUGUAUUUGCCUCCUUCGUGGCCAUAGCCUAUGUGUGCAUAUAAUUUAGCAUGUACAGUUUGUCAUUAAAACGUGAGCCUGAA